AUGGGUGGCUUGGUUGGCCUUGAUUCGUUCAAGAAAAGGUUCGGUUAUCCAUCCGCCGGCCUGCUUGGGUUUAUGGUUGCCUCCUAUGACAUUGGAUGCCUACUCGGUGCGGCUGCAGCGUUCAUGUGGGGUGACAUUACCGGUCGACGACGGGCCAUAAUAUACUCGUGCAUUGUUGUCAUGAUUGGGGCUGCCCUUCAGACUUCGGCUUUUUCUCGAAGCCAAUAUAUUGUUGGCCGUAUUGUUGCAGGUGUUGGUGUCGGUUGCAUUUCUGUUACCGUUCCGAUUUAUAUCUCCGAGUGCGUUGAAGCCACGAAAAGGGGCAUUCUGCUUGUUGUUGAGAUCACGAUUGUCAUUACGGGUAUCUCUCUAUCAAACUUUACAAAUCUUGGAUUCGUUUUUAGCAGGCCAGAGUUGAAUGGAACAGAAGCGCAGUGGCGAAUCCCUCUUGGCUUACAAAUGGUGUUCCCCCCUUUCGUCUUUAUUCUCAUGCCAUUGACCGUUGAAAGUCCUCGGUGGCUUGCUGCGGUCGGCAGACGAGAUGAAGUUGCUCCAGUGCUAGCCCGACUACAUGGUGGAGGAGCCACUGCUACUUCUCCCUUCAUUCAAGAGGCGGCGAACAAUAUCAUUCGAAAGGCUUCCUAUGAAGCGGAAGUCGAAUCCUCGUGGAAAGAGUCAUUUUCUGGGGGUGAGCUUCAGAACUUUAGGCGACUCGUCGUUGCUGGAACUACCGGCUUCCUCCACCAGGCUACAGGAAUCAAUGUUGUAAUUUACUACGCACCUGUCAUUUUCUCUCAAGUAGGUCUGGACGCAGAAAUGUCCUACAUCAUGAGUUGUGUAGGCGCCGUUUGUUUCCUUGUCGGUUCCAUUCUCCCAGUCUUCUAUAUCGAGCGUAUGGGUCGCCGGAAGACGAUGAUGCUUGGGUCGUGGCUCUGCGCUCUAUGUAUGGGAAUGAUCGCCUGCAUGGGUGCAAUUGGGCAUUAUACCCCUUCAAAGGCCUUCGCAACAGGUUGGGCCGGUGCUGCGUUUGUUUUGUUGUUCCAGUUUUCCUUUGGUGUAGGGUGGAACUCCAUGUGUUGGCUCUACAGCAGUGAAAUUGGUUCUCUGAGAAUGAGAAACAAAUCGUCAGCUGCUAAUUGUUUCUGUCAUUGGUCUACCAACUUCUUGACAGUAAUGGUCGCGCCUACCGGAUUCGAGUCUUUAGGAUGGGCAUUUUACUUGAUUUGGAUGGCUGUGACACUUGCGGGUAUACCCUUUCUCUGGCUUUGCUUUCCUGAAACGGCCGGUCGAACUUUGGAGCAGAUGGAUGACUUCUUCAAGACCUAUCCGCAGUGGAAUAUUCGCAAAGUUGCACACGCCCAUAUUCAUUCAGAGAAUGCUCUGGCAGAUAUCCUUGACACUGAAUCUAGCAAGGAGCGAGUUUUUAACGUCGAACACGCUCUGGCUUAG